UAGCACCGACCCAAACAAGCAGGAAACAGGAAAUGUUCACGUUUCAGGGAGGCUGAAAGCCGGCGCAGCAUCACGCCGGAGCAGCGAGCGCCCAGGCCCGCUGACAUGAAGGCUCCUCGCGCCGCCCUGGUCCUUGCCCUGGCGAUCGCGCUCCUUCCCACCCGCCCGGCUCAGGAUGUCGAAGGAUCAGCACAGUCCGCAGAUAUGCCCCUGGAAUUGGAAAGAACAGAUGAAGAGGCUACUAUUCUAAGUACAUUUGCUGCAGUGACCACAGAAACGUUAAUUACAAAUACGAGUUCUACCCACACUGAUGAGGGUGUAAAUCAGUUAGAGUUUAUAUUAAUGGUGUUGAUUCCGUUGAUAUUAUUGGCCGUCCUAUUUUUAUCGGUGAUAUUCCUCGUAACGUGCUAUAAAAGAAAAAGAACUAAACAAGAGCCUUCUAGCCAAGGAUCUCAGAGCGCUUUACAGACAUAUGAACUUCCAUGUGAAAACGUGAAAGUCCCUAUUUUUGAGGAAGACACGCCCUCUGUUAUGGAAAUAGAAAUGGAAGAGCUUGAUAAAUGGAUGAACAGCAUGAAUAGAAAUGCCGACUAUGAAGGUUUACCUACUUUAAAGGAAGAAAAGGAAUCAAACCACAACCCAAGUGACAAUGAAUCCUAAAACUGAAUGGUGCUGAUGUUUUCCAAGAGAAGCAGCCCCGAAGGGAGCCUGCUGGGCCUGCCAACAGAGGAUGAAGAGGAUACAAAUUCAGUUAAUUUAAAAUCAACGUAGACACGAGAACCUUUUGCUGUUUUUUCCAACACCCGCUCUUCCUAACGAUGGCAUCACCUGUGCUUGGAAGAAGGCGCGAUUGAGAAGUACUAGGAAAAGGCCUGGCAGACGUCCACCGCGGAGGGUGGAGGAGGCAGAUGAUGCAUUCACCUCUAAUCGAUGGGUGUUCCCUCCUCUCAGCCAACCUCUAGCUGACUGGUCUCAAUCUGGCCAUGCCCUCUAAGUCCUUGUUACCUGUCUUCUUCAUUCCUUAGGGUUUAAAUCAGGAAGCUGUCUUUUCAUGGUUUCCUUCUGGGUCACCUUAUUACCUAACUAGCUUUGGAUAAUUUCCUUGGAGUAGUCAAGUCCUCUGACAGGUCACUUGCCUUCAGCAGGAAAUUUUCUCAAGGUGAGUUAUGGCCUGGAAAAGACAGCCAACAAAGCAAGUGUUUCACUGUAUACACCAUCCCAGGAGGUUGGUAAGCCCCUUUCUACCUGCCAAGAAGGCACAGUGAGAGAGUCCACAGUCCUGGGAAGAUGUUGCAUGGUGACUUGUGGACCCUGAGUUGGCCAGAUCCGGUCACCCUUGGGCACUUCUCAGAGGAAUAGGAAUCUUCAAUGAAAGAGCAAAUGUUUUCCUUCUCAGCUAAAAUCGCGUUUCCCCAAAGCUCAUUCUUGUGCUUACCACACCUCCCUGGCAUGUGAUAUGUGGGCAGGGAGUGUGUGCAGGUGGGGGUCGUCUGCCACCCUUCUAUGUCUCUGAGGUCCUUAAGGUCAUUUGAAACCAACGGACUAGGAAUAGGGACUAUCUGUGCCUGUGGUAGACAUCGCUCGUCGCACUCAGUAUUCUUUCCUGCCAGGCUGGGACAAGCCUCGAGCCCUCCUCAACACAGCUCUCCAGGAGGUCAUUGUCAUUCCAUCAGAGGUGACAUUCUGUGUGAUAUUUGUUGACAUCCUCGUGCUAGAAGCAAUGGAGCAAAAUGCAGAAGGGCCUGUUUAUCACUCCCACUCACGUAAAAUCAAUCUCCAUUUAAUUCUUAGUUUUCUAAUUCUGACCUUUAAAGCAAUCUAGCAAAUUGGGAUCUCUCAGCUCUUCAACGACAUGUGAUAUUUUAUUCCAGGAAAGCAACAAAGAGUAAAAACUUUAUUUAUUUUACUCCCCAUGCAGAAACUGAGGGGGAGACGAGGUUUACCAAACGUUUGCUGCUGAAUUUUGGGAUCUUGUGUUUGAAAGGCUGCCUCAAUGCACAACAGAAAACCGCCCUUCUCCUCCCUUUCAGAAUCCCUUUAAUAAAUACUUGCCUUCUGAACUUUGCCCAUAAUUGUAAAGGCAGAGUCCCAAGCCGGGGAGGCCUUUCCAUGCAAUGAAAGACAGAACUCUCUAGUUGUGUGUAGCCACUGUCCUGUGCCGUCCUGGGACUGCAGAGAGCUUUGGCCAAAGACGGUCUUCCAGGUACAGAAUUUCAACAGUUUUCUGUCCUAUCCUCAUUACCACAUCCUAAUAUGGCAUUUUUUGUUUCCAUUGCUGUUUUGCAUAUCCAUAUUCAACUUGUGGUCCACAGUGACUCACAGAUAUUUACACCAAAACUGCCAUUUUCUGAAUCACUGUUUCUGCUUAUGUCGUCACCCUGUUUCUCAUCAACGUUUUGACUCUCAGAAGAGUCUCAGCUUGCUCCUUUCUCUCCCCAGGUAUCUAAGAUGUUUGCGGAACAGUUAGGCCUGUAAACUUCAUCCAAUCCUAUCAAAUGAUGAACUUCAGGAGUUCAGAGAAGUGUAAGGGGUCUUGGAAUCUCACUUUGAUGAAGCAAUAGUUUAUGAUAUGAUAAAAAAUAUUUUCAUUCAAUAUUUAAAAUUACUCAAAUUCCAGAAGAAGUAAGCUUCAGCAACAUGUCAUUGAGUUUAUAUCUGAAAAAUGUACUAACCUCUAUAAUUGUACAUAGACAAGGCACUUUUUAAGAUAGUUCAUUCUGGCAAGAUAUAUGAAGUUAGUACGGGGCAAAAGAGUCAAGGGUCAAUUCUAGCAUCCUGUAUCUUUUUGUUACUGUUCAAUCAAUAGGCAUCAUAAAUUUAUGAUAAUUUUAAGAAUUGCUUUUAAACCCAAGCUUAAUUUUCUGAUUUGGAUUGUUGUUAGUAAAAAUCUUAUGAACUUUAUGUAGUUGAGCAUUCAAUCAAAGCAAAAUCUGACUUUAGAAUAUUUUAAAGAUGUAUAAGUUGUAUUGCAUUUUUGUACAUUUUAUGCAAACUGGGUUAACAACAUUGCCUAGUUGAACUCCUCAGGAAACUUGUUUUAAUAAAUAUGUGAAAAUAUCAAUCUUAAC